GCUGUUUAUAUAUCUAAUGGGCGAGGGAGGUUUCAGAUUUAUGAAUGUAUUUUUAUCUUUGAUUUCCACCUGAGUCUUACCUGUGGUAUUUCCUCAAUACCUGACGACCUGUCUAUUUUACGUCGACACCCCAAAUGCCGAACUUUGACCUUACUACAUUGUAAACAAACUACCGACGCAGUUUCGUAUUUUAGUAUUUAUAUCGCUGCAACAUCUACCUGUGAAUUAUUUCAAGCUAUCUGUGAUUCCCGAGUGCUACAUGAAUUAUUCGUGACUCACCUGUACACGUUUAAGAGUCGUAUUAGGACUAUAUCUGCACACCUUUGCCAACACGCGUGUACCUUGUGAUAAAACCCGACUACUUGACCAGAAAAUUCGAAGGAUUUAUUACUAUUUCCGUUUAGUGGGAAAUAAAAAGUGUUGUAACCAAAUUUCGUUUUGGCUAUUCAGCUGACUGUUAUCGCCGGGUAUUGACAUUAUUUCCAUUGCCUGGAUUUCAAAAGUUUGAAAAUGGACGUACAGUUUGCCUGUUUGUUGCUAUCAGUGGUUUGUAUGGUAGGUUUGGGCGCCUCGGCCCCGGCGGUCGACACAGCAGCAGCAGCUGAAACAUCAUCAUCGAAUAAGAUACAGAACUUCGAGUCGAAGUUGUCGAAGCUACGAUCACUGUUGACAGAUAUUGCGAAAAGCUCAGAAGUAAAUAAUAAACAAAAUGUAGCCGAAAAGAAAUCUGCAGAAUCGAAAACGAUGUCAGAGGCAAACAUGUCACAUGACAGAGACGAGAAGUCAGACAGACGCUUGAAACUGUCGGGGGACUCUACAAUGACGGCAGGACUGGCUGGUUUACAGGGAAAAACUCUCGAGGCGCUGGAGCUGGCCCUACAGACGCUUAAAGAUCAACAGUUACACCAGUACGAACAGCGCACAACCGGCAGACAUAAUGUUGACAUGGGAACAUUCCGAGAUGAGCCUAUACCAGACUCUGGUAAUAAAAAGGGAAGCCACUCUUCACAGGACUCUGACGUCAUCGAACUUGCAAAACUACUCACAGCUGCCAAAUCAAGUGGACAUAACUCUGAAGUAAACUCUGAAGGUUACCGCCAGCCAAAAGAGGGACGGUUUGGACUUUUACGUGGUGAAGCAAUGCGACUGGUAGAAGACAAACUUCUUGGUGACGUGGAGUUGGCUCUUGAAAAUGGCCUCACUUUAGACGAGAUUAUGCAAGAUUUGGAAAGACAAGAAGAUAAAGCUCGAGCACGCGACCUCCUUGGUAAACUUGAGGAGAGAAUGGCACAACAGUAUAGAGACUGAUUGAAAUUUUCGAAUUAUGUAAACAUUUUCUAUUGCUUCCAGACAUUUUUUUCUGAAUGGACACUUUAUUUUAUUGUUGAAAACUACAUUAAAGGUAAACAAAUGAUUAACA